AUGAGCGGAUUACUGAAGCUGUCGGCGUCGUUGCUGCCGAGAAGUCUGCCCGGAUCGACGGCGCUGAACAAGCUGGGACUGCCGCUUCUCGGCAAUCGCAAGCUUCACCACACACCGAACCGAACGGCCAAGAUUUCCAACGAAAUCUCCAAGCAGUACCCGUUGGUGGAUCACACGUAUGACGCGGUGGUGGUGGGAGCCGGCGGUGCUGGUCUACGCGCGGCUUAUGGCCUCGUCGCCGAGGGAUUCAAGACCGCAGUGGUCACCAAGCUGUUCCCGACGAGAUCGCACACAGUCGCCGCCCAGGGCGGCAUCAACGCCGCCCUGGGCAACAUGGAGGACGAUAACUGGCAGUGGCAUAUGUACGACACCGUCAAGGGCUCGGACUGGCUAGGCGAUCAGGAUGCCAUUCACUAUAUGACCCGCGAGGCACCGAAGGCCGUCGUCGAGCUGGAGAAUUGUGGCAUGCCCUUCAGUCGCACUACCGACGGCAAGAUCUAUCAACGCGCUUUUGGUGGUCAGUCCCUUAAGUUCGGCAAGGGUGGUCAGGCUCAUAGAUGCUGUUGCGUAGCUGACAGGACCGGCCAUUCAUUGCUACACACACUUUAUGGACAGUCGCUAAGCUACGAUUGUAAUUACUUCGUCGAGUAUUUCGCCCUCGAUUUGCUGAUGGAAGACGGCGAAUGUCGCGGUGUGAUCGCGCUCUGCUUGGAAGACGGGACGUUGCAUCGUUUCCACGCCAAAAAUACAGUGCUCGCUACCGGUGGCUAUGGGCGCGCCUACUUUUCCUGCACAUCCGCACAUACUUGUACUGGAGAUGGUACCGCUAUGGUCUCCAGGGCUAAUCUACCUAAUCAGGACCUAGAAUUUGUGCAAUUUCAUCCUACAGGUAUCUAUGGCGCCGGAUGUUUGAUUACAGAAGGUAGUCGUGGCGAAGGUGGUUAUUUAAUAAAUAGUGAGGGUGAAAGGUUCAUGGAGCGUUAUGCGCCGGUAGCAAAGGAUCUGGCUUCGCGAGAUGUGGUGUCUAGAUCUAUGACAAUGGAGAUUAGAGAGGGCAGAGGCGUCGGACCAGAGAAGGAUCACAUUUACUUGCAGCUACACCAUCUGCCACCUGAACAACUGGCCGCACGGCUACCAGGUAUUUCGGAGACGGCAAUGAUAUUCGCUGGCGUCGAUGUAACCCGGGAACCCAUUCCCGUCAUCCCCACCGUCCAUUAUAAUAUGGGAGGAGUGCCGACAAAUUACAAAGGUCAAGUGUUGACCAGAGAGAACAAUCAAGACAAAAUAGUACCUGGCUUAUAUGCGUGUGGCGAAGCAGCUUGCGCGUCCGUUCACGGUGCUAAUCGACUGGGUGCUAAUUCUCUAUUGGAUUUAGUCGUAUUUGGACGUGCUUGUGCUAAAACUAUCGCUCAAGAAAACAAGCCUGGCGAGGCGAUUGGACCCCUGAGACCUAACGCCGGCGAAGAGACGGUAGCUAAUUUAGACUGGAUCAGAAAUGCCAACGGUUCCAUCUCCACCGCGGAAUUAAGACUAACCAUGCAGAAGACUAUGCAAACGCACGCGGCAGUUUUCAGAGACGCCGAAAGUUUGCAGGAAGGCUGUCGGAAAAUGUCCAAUCUCUACAAAAAACUGAAUGAAUUAAAAGUCGCAGAUAAAUCUUUAAUAUGGAAUUCCGAUUUGAUAGAAUCGCUUGAGCUGCAAAAUCUCAUGAUCAAUGCAAUGCAGACUAUCAUUGGGGCGGACAACAGAAAGGAGAGUCGCGGUGCGCAUGCUCGCGAGGAUUACAAACAAAGAAUCGAUGAAUAUGAUUAUAGUAAAUCGAUCGAAAACCAACAACCAAAACCUGUCAAUCAACAUUGGAGGAAGCACACGCUGUCAAAGAUUAAUCCGAAAACAGGAGAGGUAUCUCUCGACUAUAGACCGGUGAUUGACGUUACGCUCAGUCAACAGGAAUGUGCGACGGUUCCGCCAGCGAUUCGUUCCUACUAGGCUAAUUCUACAGACAAUACUAAAAUCCAUCGCUUUAGGACUCUCAUCACCGAAUUUUGUUCUCAGCGCAAUUUUGUUCUUGAUCAUAGCCUAAUAUUAAGCAUUACUUAGAUCGAGCGCAAAGAAAUGGUCGCAACGACGAUUUUUACGCUAGAACUAUUGUUGCGCAGGAAACCUAUUAAUUAAUUUAUUUCAUACAUAUACAUACACGUACGAACUUCAUUAUGCACCAAAGUUGAUUCUUGUCACUCGCUUGCGCCGCGAGUCGCGCGAGCAGGAUUAAUGGUCCUCGUAGGAUGCCGGUGCUGAGAUUAUUGUCCUCUCGUUUAUAUGAGGGAGUACGCAUGAUCUCGAUCAGCGGAAUCGCCACUCAGUUCAAUAAGUAAUAGUCGAAACUAGAACAAUUCGCGGUAACGGAAGAAGGUUCAUAUAUAGGACCUUUUCAGGAAAUGUGCGUUUUCUCUCCUGUAAUAUAGUACAAUUCCGGUUACGACACGUUCUUAAUGCGCCAUCUCAAGCCAUAGUAUAACGUAUUCUCGCGUGCAGUGGUAA